UGGUAUUAUAAAUAUUAAAAUAACCAUUUGCAUUUAUUGAAUCAGUAGAGUAACACCACAAACAGCAUCAUUUGAUCUAUAAUUUAUAAAAUAAGUUAAAAUGAUUUCACUAAGUAAAAUAGCAAUCCAGGUGCUGCUCUUUAUAUUGUAUACGUUUUCCUUUUGUGGCACUAUAACAGGGGAGCUUGUUGAGAUGAAAAUUGUUGAUGAACCAUCAAGUUUUGGACUCAACAGCAUGUAUAACAGCCAAAACCGCAAUCAACCAGAGGAUAACCUAAAGCUGCGUGUGCAGCCAGCCAACUUUUCGGGUCCCGCUCAUCUAAGGAGGCUGAUUGGACGGUGUUUUAUCUCCAUUAUUGCAGAUUACAAAUACAAGUUUUGUCCCUUUUCAAAUGUCACUCAGCAUGAACAAGGUUUACACUGGAACCCCUACCAAGGUGUCCUAGGUGUGUGGCAGGAAUGGGAAAUAAUCAACAACACUUAUGUUGCUAUGGUGAUGAGAGAUGGGGAUCAUUGUGGAAGUAUUUUUAGAUCUGUUAAGGUGAGUUUCAUGUGUGGCAACCAUAGCCAGAUAGUGAACGUCAGUGAACCUCACACCUGCAGUUAUCACCUGGUGUUUAUGACACCUCUGGUCUGCCAUAACGAGUCCAUGCUGGUUUAUCCCAGCCUGAGCCCCAAGCUGCAGAAAGAGUGGGAUCAGCUGGAGAGUGACAUGGGCAGAGGGGAGCUCACUCCAAAGGGCUACAACAAAAGGCUGAGUAAAAUUUUUGAAGAGGCCGGUGUGUACAUGAGCAAAGAAGGGAGAGAAGACCUGUUGAAAAAAACCAAAAAAGCUGAGCAGAAUAAGUUGGCUGAAGGGGAGUUUAUCACAUUGGAGUCAUGUAAAACUGAAUACAAAAAGUUACAGAAAAGGUUCCAGGCACUGGUUUCUCAGGCUGGAACUGAAGGUGGAACAUCAGAUACUGAAGAUCAUGAUGGAUUAUAACAAGAUGGUUGCUUGUGGUUGAUGGUGAUGUAAUGAUGUACUAUAACAAUAACUGUGUUCCUGGAGAUUAUUUGUAUCUUGUAUACUUUCUUUAGGUUUUAUGUUUUGGAACCACACUUUGAUGCAUUAUUGUUAUUUGAUUAAUUGAAACUUUGGCUACAGAUUCCACUCUGGACCUAAAUGGUUGCAGUAUAUGAGAUAGAGAUUCUCACUUGUGAGACUUAGAGGUCAGUAUGUGUGUAUGUGACUUGACAUUGGAACUUAUGUUGGCUUUAGGGACUUGUAACUUUGUUACAGGUCAAGUAUAUGUGUAUGUGACUUGACAUUGAAUCUUAUGUUGGCUUUAGGGACUUGUAACUUUGUCGCAGGUCAAGUAUAUGUGUAUGUGACUUGACAUUGGAACUUAUGUUGGCUUUAGGGACUUGUAACUUUGUCACAGGUCAAGUAUAUGAGUAUGUGACUUUAGGGACUUGUAACUUUGUUCUAGGUCAAGUAUGUGUGUAUGUGAUGCAUGGAAGAAAUAGUUGAGUACACUGAGGCUGUAUCACUUGUGUGGAGCUUGACUUGACAUUGGAUCUUAUGUUGGCCUUAGGGACUUGUAACUUUGUUAACUUGAAGGCUCUGUUUCAGCUGGUUCAAGAUUUGCUCAAAAUAAAUGUGCACUUACAUGUAGAAAAUAUAUGCUCUGUAAGAAUAUAAAAGGUCAUUGUGAUGCCCAUGACAUGACUUAAGAUCAUUGAAAUUGUUUAUGUUUCACACUUCCUGCUGUGAUGGUUUAAUGUUUCUGUAAACAGAAGACAGAGGGUCAGAAGUCUCUCACAAAUUGUAGUCUUUUAUAUCAUUAGACAAAAAGUUGGACUUAGUUCAAUGCUGUGGGAAAUUAUUUUUUGUAUUAAUGUGUUUAUCUAGUUACUAGUUAUUUUUUGUAUUAAUGUGUUUAUCUAGUUACUAGUACUAUUUUUGUAUUAAUGUGUUUAUCUAGUUACUAGUUAUUUUUUGUAUUAAUAUGUUUAUCUAGUUACUAGUAUCAUUUUUGUUACUUGGCUAAGUCAAGUAACUGUGGGGUUAGCCUUGGCCUAGGCUGUGGGUUUUAUAAUGUACUCAUUAUUGAUGUCUCAAUUUAUGUGUUAUAAUCUGUCAUCUGCAUAUUAUCUGAGAAUAUCUUGUUGUCUCAGAGUAGGGGACCCUAACAUUGAUGCCGUAACUUUUGAUUACAGAUUUAAAAUCUCUUUGCUUAAAUCUUUGAUCGGAUUGUAAAUAAAUGCUAUUUUAUUCUUUAUGUACAACACCAAGUCUUUAAUGUUUUAAAUAAUGUAAAAGAAAUUUUUAAAUUUUAUUAUGGUAAUUUAUUUGAAUGAAAAUGUUGAUAGUA